AUGGCACACUACUGGGAUGCGGUACUCAAAGGGUUCGAAGCUAACAUCUGGGACAUACCGUAUGCGAUCGCUUAUGAGUUCCACAACGAUGAUGGAGAACGAUCUUCAACAAAUGGAUCUGAAACUCGGUCCGGCUCCCGGUCCAGAUCGACUCGAUCCAGCUCGUACUCGGAGUCUGUGUCCUCCUCUGGUCGAAUCACUAUUCCCAGAGGCUGCAGUCUGGCUGGUGUGAUUGGGAAAUCUAUGACCCAGGUCCCACUCGGCUUCGAUGUUGCACUCGAAGAACCCGGUUUUCAUCAGGUCGUCAAGAAGGCCAUUAGCUCUGGCGAGCCUAUUCUCUUGGAGAUUGCGCAUGAAAAGACACCCGACUGGCUCAAAUCAGACACUCCAGGGAGAGCUUUCGAUGAACUCAUCACACAUGCUGUAGUGAUGCCAAUACGACCGACGACUAGAAACGAUAGUGAGGGAUUGAACGCAAUUGGAUUCGUGGUAAUGGGCCUCAAUCCACGUCGGACGUAUGAUACCGACUACCAGCGCUACACCCGCCUCUGGAGUCAACAGUUGGCCACUUCGGCCGCGUCAGUGGUCCUUCUUGAACAGGAAAACAGGCGACAGAUGCAACUCAAGGCCCAGCUCUCUAUCAACGAGCUUCGAUUCAGCAGGUUUGCCGAGAUGUCUAACGUUGCCAUGUGGAUCUUGGAACCUGAUGGUGCUCUUGUCUAUGGCAAUCAAACAUGGCACGAUCAGAUGGAUCUCGGAGCACAUUGUUCGAAGACAGGCGAAGACGGCCGUCCUAUCUGGUGGGACAGGAUAACGGACGAAACACAACCAGCGCUAGCGGAUGCCUGGAAAUCAUUGACCGAAGACCAAAUCUCAACGAAUAUCGAGAUAUGUAUAAAACCGAGCAAGAAGACAAAGCAAUGCCGUUGGGUUCUCUCAUCCGCGUUUCCUGAGCUGGCAGAAGACGGUUCGCUCAAGGCAAUAUGGGGCUGUAACACUGAUAUAUCGCAUCAGAAGCUGGCCGAGGAGCUGAAGGAGCAGAGACUUUUGGAUGUUCUUGAAGCGAAGCGACAGAGUGAAUCCUUUAUCGACACCGUUUCUCACGAGAUGCGAAAUCCAUUGUCAGCUAUUCUGCAGUGCGCCGAUGGAGUCAACACUUCUGUGCUGGAAGCUCGAGGAUCUUCUGGCAAUCAGACACACACAAAAUUCGAUCGCGAGGCAGUGGACUACAUUUUGGAGUCUACUCAGACUAUCAUCUUGUGUGCACAGCAUCAGAAACGUAUUAUCAAUGUACGUAUAUCCACGAUACAUCUGUGA